AAUACAAUUAACACAGAUCAUAAGAUCUUUACAGUAGAAUAGCCUGUUAGCUGGCUCUCUAUGAGUUAAGCAGUUACCGGGAUUCCUGUGGCUACCCCCCUAAAGCAUCCAUAUUUGUCGAAUAUAUUCGACGCUUAUUAGUAUUUUAAUGAUAAUAAUGAAAUGGUAAGUUUAUUGAAAUCCCCUCGCGGCGAUGUAGGCUGAGUGUGACUGUAAUAUCUUUAUAAAGUGGGAGUUGUGAGGGACACUGCAAUUAGGUAAAUCCACGCGCCAUUGUGGUUGGCGGAAAUUGAUGUCAUGUGCUUGGGUGAGCAGCUGUUUCGAAUUUGUAUCCGCCUACGCCAUGAACGGUCAACCCACCCCCCCCCCCCCCCCACCCCCUCCUCCAAACGCGUGUACAUGACAGAUCACGAAGCACUAGCACACUUGCGAGUAUUUUACUGAACACAACCCCAACCCCCGACUUUGUAAGCAUCGUUAUUACGUGAAUGUGUCUAUUUUUCCCGCAGAGUUUACGAAGGCAUCAUUUAUUAUGCAGAAGCGGUCUGUGCAUGCGGUCCCAAAACAAAUGUUUAUAUCAUUUUAUUUUGCUGCCAAAGAAAGGAAGCACACCGAAUCAAUAAGCGUUCAUUUUGUUUAAAAUCAGAAUAUUUUUCAAUCAAAUUUUGUGGUAAUCAUAGAAAAAAAAACUGCUUUGAGCUACUCCAGUCUCUUUGAGUGGCAUCUUAUUUUUUUCUAUUUUAUUAACAUAUCUAGCGAUUAGACAAAAGGAUGUCGCAAAUUUCAUGAUUUUCUUCUUUACGAUCAGUAACUUUAUUGCUAGAUCACAACAACCAAGACGCGACAUAAAGUACAAAACUUUUUGGAGCUUAAGAGAUUUAAAUUAUCGAUCAUUCCAUUUUUUCUUCAACUAAUUCUCUUUCCUUCGACUUUCGCAGUUUGACCACAGGUAACCCAGAAAUAGCUUUUGAACGGGACUGUAGAUCACUUUUGAAAACAAAAUAAAAGUUUAGGUUCAAAAACAGAACCUGAGGUCUGGUAAACAACAAUCCUGGUUCACAGAUCCGGGUGCAUGCAGCCCAAACCAGACAGAAAAAAAAACAUGCAUACAACGAUGAAAAGAGGCUCUUGCACGUCUUGGGUCUUCUUGGAGGCAAGAGAAAAAAGACAUGGACGAUCGAAGCCCCCCUUACCCCCCUUUACUUUUCUAAUGGUCCCUCUUUGCGUACCCCACCUGGGCACCUUGUAGGUAGGUGCCCAGUCAUGCGCAGAGCGCGUUUCUUGCUUCAGGAUACUCUUUUUGUAUUCCUAUUUAGGUGGAUAAUUAAGGGAAUUCUAAUAAAAUUCUUUUAAGGAAAUUGACAAACGAAAGGUGCUAAAAAGACCAUCCGAAAUAAUGUAUUUCGGAUUUUUUGUAUUUUCGUUUCCAUUUUCUUUGAAAAUUGUGUUAUAUUGUCAGAAAACGAGCACAAUUGUCGCGAACUAUUGUCACUAGUACCUUAAUACACUCCGUGACGCAUUUUGAAAUCCAUAUAAGGAAAAUUAGGGAAUAGAAAGCGCAUGCAUGAGCCUUGGAGCGAGGAACAUGCCACAUAAUAAUGUAUUAAUACCUCUCUGGAAACAAAUAAAAUUUCAAGUUAACUUCAAACGUGACGUGUUCUUAAAGAGUGUAACAACCUCCAAUAUCAUCUAAAGGUAAGACUAAAAUUUUAUAACGCUAGAUCGAAAUGUGUAUUUAAUUUGUUAUAAACAACUGUUUUAUAGAGCGCACCAUAGAAUAGUCUAAAGGUAGGCUAUUAUUUUUAAUAUUCACACCCCUUUUUUAUUUUCGACUACUGUCCUCUAUUUUAAUUUUCUACCGCCAAUAAAAAUGCAGCACACCCAGUGGGCAAGUCACUUCGUCUCACCAGGGGAAGCCCAACACUCGAUCACAUGCGCUUUUUUCUUGUCGAUGUUUUAAAGUGUUGCCGCGAAAAAUAUUCGCCGCAGCAAUUUAGUUAUGGGACUAAACGGAAGUUCUCACAAGAGAUGUUUUUAAGGACAAUUUGAGCAAGGCCUUUCUUUUGUAUAAAGCUUAAAUAUUAGCAUAUUGUUCGGCUAUCUACUGGGAGUAAGUAGUAGCUGAUGUACAGACAUUGAGGAAACAUUUAUUUAAACACAUGAAGUGAUAAAAGGUAAAAGAACAUGCUUUCGAGCUAUAUGUGUUAUACACAAAGCUACAUAAUGACAUUAAGUUUGGCAGUAUUUUUUGUAAACAAACACCUGUUUUCGGGUAGAAAAACAUUAGCAACUUUUCUUUUCUUUUCUUUAUAGAGCAUGUCAUGUUUUUAAAACAUGGUCAUGGAGAGCACAUCUAAACGCCAGAGCAAUUACUUAACUGCUUCUCGUGCAACCAACUCGGAAUCGACGCAUGGGAGAAUUUCUGGUUUCAAGCUGAGCUCUGCUCGUUUAACUCUCCCUCCAAUCGAUAACACGAUCCAGCAGCUCACAAAUCCCGGGCGAAGGCGGCUAGGGACAGAGACUGGCGACGAACCAGCUCUACACGAGCUAGUACUGAAAGCAAACCGCCGCCAAGAAUCGAACCCUCGCGCUGCGCCGUCGACAACACGGGCACCUGACGACUUUUCUCAACACGAUUUCAGAGAGACGAGGGAAGCCGAUAAAAACAGAAAAGCUGAAGUUCCCGUUAAACAUGUUGAAAAGGGGCCGAUCGCCUUUCCCAAGGCAUACACCGUACUGCCACCGAUUAACAACAACCUGUAUGAAGAGAAACAAAAUGUCCGUAUUGCUAAAAACCGGAAAAGAAGUGAUGACAUACAUAAAGUAUCGCAUAUGAGACGUCCCUCAGAAAAAAGAUAUUCGAAGAAGUUCUCGGCAGCAUCAUUGCAAAUCACUUUCGAGGGAUCAGAGCCCCCAGCUCCGAAUACAGUCGAUGAUUUGUCAGAAACUGAUGUUGUCAUUGAGACAGAAAUUCACUCUAAUAGACACGAAAUCGAACCACAGGAAAUCCACGAGGAAUUAAUGUCGUUUUUGAAAUGCGACGAAAGUAGACGACGUAAUGCAGUGUGCGCACUUCUGGAUGAAAACCUUAUUCACGCAGCAGAUAUUAUACGGGAUAUGUUACUGAGACAAACCAUGGAAGAACUGUGUAUGAUGUGGUGAACGGUGAUUCAUUAUGAAACUGCUAUAAUCGACUUUAAAAACCAAGCGACCGUUUUCUUUUUCACCAAGGGGUGGCGAGUAACAACCUGUCUAUGUGCCUAACCAUUUCAAUACAUUUUAUCUGAAUGAACAACUAAGUGACGGCGAUCAGUGAACUUGUCAUGUCUAAGACAGAAACUUCUUCAAGAUGGGCUGAUUAUGAAAACGAGUCUAGCCUCGGGGUCUAGAGGAAAGGGGUCUUCAGAAGAAAAUAUAUAUAUGUUUGCGUAUUUUCUAUUAACAAAGCAAGGGUGAAUAUUGUUUUGUUGCCCGUAAACAUGUCCUAUUUUUCGCAGAAAAAGAUGAAUAUAGUUCAAAGUUAUUUCUUCUUCUAAAAACUCUCUGUUUUCAUAAACAGGUGUGAAAAGUUAUUGCGAAUCCACGAUAACAUCAUGAUCUAAUGACCGCACGAAACUCAUCCUGAAUAAUAGAAGAUUAUCAAAAUUUAACAACGCCAAAUCUAUAAACUUGACUUCAGACGAUGAUGAUAAGAGUCGGGAAACCAGUUUUGAAAAUGGGAUUUUCAGUUAAUUAAAGUAGCGAAUUUCAUUUCUUAAAUUCUUAAAUUAGAGGCAGACGUACCCUGGAACAAUGGUCUAUAUUUGGCCUCUAGGAUACGUACACAAAAUGACCCUAAAUUUAGCGCCACACAUGCUUCUCGCCACUCGAGAGUGUGGGGGAACUAUGGCAGAGCGGUCCAGUUGAUGCUGGGGACUAGGUGCUAAACUCCAACCAGUCACAGCUGUGUGACGUCCUUGACGUAAACAAACAUCUCCGGCCAAUUUCUCUGACGCCUGUGCUGUCUAAGCUCGCAGAAGAUUACGUAGUCGAGCAGCACCUCAAGCCUGCCGUCCUGAAAAAGGUCGAUGUAAAUCAGUUCGGGACUGUACCGGGGUCGAACACGACUCACGCGCUUAUUAGCAUGCAUCAUUCUUGGCUAAGUGCGACGGACGGAAACGGGGCGACAGCCAGGACCAUCCUGUUUGAUUUCCGCAAGGCCUUUGAUCUGAUAGAUCAUCACAUCCUUGUGCGAAAGCUGAUGACGUACGACCUACCUAGUACUAUAACAGUCUGGAUCGUUGACUUCCUCACGUCACGGAGACAGCGCGUCCAACUCUGCCAAGAUUGUUAUUCAGAGUGGGGCACCAUCCCAUCUGGUGUCCCACAAGGAACGAAGCUGGGUCCGUGGCUGUUCACGAUAAUGAUAAAUGACUUAUCCAUUACUGAGGUGGAUUUGUGGAAAUAUGUAGACGAUACCACCAUCACAGAAGCAAUCCACAAGGGCCAGACCAGCAGCAAUCUACAACAUCUGGUGGACGACUUAGGCAAUCAGGUAGCCUCAGAUAAGUUCGAGUUAAACGAAGCUAAAUGCAAAGAGCUCCGAAUCUCCUUUGCGCGAUCUCCGCCCGUAUUCGACCCAAUAAUGGUUAACAAUACUGAGCUGGAAUGCGUUUCACAAGCUAAGAUCUUAGGCGUAACCUUUUCGAGUGACCUUAAGUGGAACGCCCACGUAGAUGAAGUUAUCAAAAAGGUAAAUAAGCGUCUUUACUUUCUACGCCAGCUUAAGCGCGCACACGUAAAACCAAAGGAGCUCAUUCUAUUUUAUCUAACUUGCAUUAGACCAUGUACAGAGUACGCAUGCGCGCUAUUUCAUAAUAGUUUGACCAAGUACUUA